AUCGGUCGACUUCGUCCCAGCCGUUUCGGGGUUUCCACAUUCGGGGUCAGCCUGGUCCGGUUGUCAAACGGCAGAGUAACGAGAGGCGUCCGGUUUGGUUCGUUCUGGACGGGGUCGGGUCUCAGUGGAUGGACAUGGGGAGAGACAUACUCGAGAUUCCCCUCGUUCGCGAAACGGUUCUGCGAUGCGCCGAGGUUCAUCGACCCCAUGGGGUCGGCCUGAUGGGUCUCGUGGAGAAUAUUUGGGAAGACUUGCCGGACGACAUGACGGUGACCUUGGUCAUCGUGGCCGUGCAGUUGGCGCUCUGCAGGUUGCUCUUCUCCAUGGGGAUCUUUCCGAUCAUGGCCUCUUCGGGCAUUCGCUGGGCGAGAUCGUGUCUGGCUUCGUGGACGGGUGUCUCACUUUAGAAGAGACGAUCCUCGUGGCACACUGUCGGGUGAAGAGCCUGAAAAUCGCCGAGAUCGAACAGGGAGCCAUGGCGUCGAUCGGUCUCUCCCUGGAAGAGGCGCUGAAGAUCUGCCCCCAAGGGGUGACGAUCGGCUGUCACAACUCCAUCGACAACGUCACCAUCUCCGGAUCCCCAGCCGGAGUGGAAUCCACGGUGAAACGCUGCGAAUCCUCUGGAAUCUUCGCCAAGGGAGUUCCCAGCUUCGGCUACGCCUUCCACUCCCCCAGCAUGGACAAAGCGGCUCCUCACCUGAGAGAGAGCCUGUCCCAGGUCAUCGGGCAGCCCAAGAAGCGCAGUGCCAAGUGGGUCUCCACGUCGGUCUCUCGGGACGACCCAGUCGGAGAACACUGCUCUGCGGAAUAUCAGAUCCGCAAUUUCUGUUCCAUGGUGAGAUUCCAGGAAGCGAUGAUGAGGGUGCCCGAAAACGCGAUCGUGAUCGAGAUCGGUCCCCACAGCAUCCUCUUUCCUCUUCUCAAGCGAUCUCUGUCCUCGAAGGCGACUCUGGUCGGCAUCCAAAACAGGCGGGAAAAGGACAAUUGCCUUUACCUGUUGAAGAUGCUGGGCCAGCUGUACAACGAGGGCCUGGACAUGGAUCUGAACGCCAUAUAUCGAUUUCGAUACCCGGUUCCCAGGGGAACGCCGAUGCUCUCGCCACAGAUCGUCUUGGACCAUUCCCAGCAGUGGUUCGUGCCGUCCCCAGCUGCGAACGCGGGGCUGUCCUCGUCGGUCGUCGAAGUGGAUCUGAGCAAGGAAGAGUUCGAUCAUCUGAAGUGGGUGAGAUACGGCGGGGAACCGGUGAUUCCACCGGAGGCCUUCCUGGUCAUGGUCUGGGAGGCCCUGGCCAAGAGACUCGAAUCUGACAAGUUCGAACUCGACGUGUCCUUCACGGACGUGCGAUUCCACGGCGUGAAAUUCUGCGGAGACGCCGUCGCGUUCGACCUGAACGUCGAGAUCCUGUCGUCCUCGGGUCGCUGGGAAGUCUCCGAGGGAGGGCGAUGCCUCGCCGAGGGGACCGUGCACAUCACCGAGGGGACCGUGCACAUCGCCAAGGGGACCGUGCACAUCGAGGCCACGAAGAGAGCGAGGGCCCCCUGGGACCCCGACGAAAUCUACCAGGAACUGAGUCUCAGGGGAUGCGAAUGCGCGGGGGCGUUUCGGUGCAUGGAGGCGUUUUGGGGCCAGGGGGGGGUGGUGUCCUGGCAGCCGAGCUUGGUCCCUUUCCUUCAUAACGUUUUUCAGACUCUCAAUUUGACCAAGGUCAGAGGUCAAGAGGGGGUUUUGACCGGCUUCGGAUGCCUUCGUGUCAGCCCCAAAGCCUUUCUGAAGGAGCAAGCGGUUGAAAUCCAUGCGAAAGGAAACAGGAUCUGGGGCAACUGCCUGGAAUGGACGGAGAUCCAGACCCAAGAAAUUCCCAGGAAGCAAUUCGACCCGAUUCCGUUGUCGGCCCAAAUCUUCACGCCUUUCCUCGACGACGACGAAACUUACGAAGAGAACGAGGGUCUGGAAAUCUGCUUGAAGAUCGUUCUCCAGCAAUUCCCCCACGAAGAAACUCUGAGGAUAGUUCACUUCACGGGAAAGGGCGAGGGCUCCGAGAGAAUCAGAGCGUCUCUUCAGACCGGAACCGCGAAAAAGACGAUCUCCCUCGCCGUCGUGACGGGCCACGCAGACGGUCUCAAGUCGCCGGACCAUAGUCAUCUGCAGAUCUGGGAAGACAUGGCUCAUUUCGCUCAGUCGAGUUCGUACAAGUCGGAUUUCGCCCUCGUUCGAUUUGCCGACGGCGAAAAUCCGCGAUUCAAGCAGGAUUCUCUGAGGCUGGUGGCCAAGAAGGUCGAGAGAACGAAAUCGGGGAAAGUUUUCACUUGGGCUCUUCUGAAAGAAGGUUCCGAAGGAGAAAAUGCCGAAACCGUGGUGCCGGUCGACGCGGUUUCGGACUUCUCGUGGGUCGAAUCCCUGCAGGACCUUUUGAAGGACGAGAAAAGGACGGGGGUGUGCCUGCAGUCCGAGAAUCACCCUAUCGGUCUGUUCGGCCUCGUCAAUUCCCUCGGUCGGGAAUUUCCCGCUGGCGGGGUCAGAGCCGAGGCGGGGCCGAGGGAUUCAGGUCGAUUCCUGGUGCAGAAUUUCCAUCAGGAUGGAAAAUGGGGGACGUACAUCUAUCGAGAUUUGACUCUAGCCCGUCCGGUCGAAGAGAAGGCGGAAUGGUCGGUGACCGAGAGAGAGCGGGGAGGCCUUGAGUGGGUGUGUCGUCCUCGGCCGGUCGGGGAGGUGUGUAAGGUCUUUGCGGCGGGGUUCGAUGGGUCCUUUGCUGGCACGGACUCGGGCGGUCGGAGGGUCAUGGGUCUCGUCGUUCGGGAGGAGCAUGGGGUGGUGGCGAGCUUUGCGAGUCCAGAGUCGGAUUUCGUCUGGGAGAUCCCGAGUUGUUGGUCGUACGAGGAGGCGGCUGCCAUUCCGUUCUCGUAUGCAGUUGGGUUUGCGGCUUUUCAGCUCGCCUGUGGGGGGAGGUCGGAUGCGCACGUGCUCUUGACUUCUUCGGAGCAUCCGUUGGUGGGGUGCUUCGUUGCCAUUGCCGAGUCUGUUCGGUGCAAGUUGGCGGUUCUGGUCGAGACCGUGGAUUCGGAAUGCUCUGGUUUCGUCGGGUAUAGCGAUCCGGACGCCGUGCCCUGGAAGAGCGUCGACGCCGUGUUCGUCAUGGACGACGAUUGGGACUGGGUCAAGGCGAGGAAGUCGGAGCUCACCGUGGUCGACCUUCGUCCGAUCGUCUGCGAAGAUCGACGGUCCUCGGCGGAUCUGGCGGGAUUCGCGAGUUAUCAUCGUCUGAGCCUCGAUUUCAUCGCCAGGUGUUCGGAGUUGCGAGCGAGGGUGUCCGAGGCGGUGAAGACGGGUAUAAAAUCGGGGGUUGUGAAACCCCUCCCUUUCCAUGAUGUCAAUCCCGAAGCAUUCAGCGCUGACGUCAGAUUUCGCGGGGACGCAGUGAUGUCGAUUCGAAGUGUGGACGGAAGAACUCGAAUCAAGGCCAGAAAGCAAUUGCGAUUCGAAAGCGAAGAGGUCGUGAUCAUCACGGGGGGAUUGGGCGGGAUGGGACUGGAGCUGGUCCAAUUCCUCAUCGAUCACGGGGCUCAGAAGUUCCUGUUGACCUCCAGAAGAGGGGUCACCUCAGGUCGUCAAGGUCACAAGAUCGGGACAUGGCGUUCCCGAGGGAUCCAGGUGAGGGUGUCGACGCUGGAAAUCUCGACGGAGGAGCAGGCGAAGGCGCUGAUCCAAGAAGGGAGCUCCAUGGGGCAUCUGGUCGGGAUCUUCCACCUGGCCGGGACUCUACGGGACGGCCGGUUCGUCAAGGCCGGCAGGGGCGACUUCGAGAGCGUGGCGGGACCCAAGGUCGGGGCUUUGCAGUGCGUCGACCGAGUCUCGAGGGAAUGGUGUCCGGGGCUCAAGUACUUCGUCGCUUUUUCGUCCGUCGUGGUCGGGGUCGGGAACGUGGGACAGACGGCUUACGGGAUGGCCAAUGGGGCCAUGGAGGAUGUCAUUCGAGACAGGAGACGAUCUGAUUGUCCUGGUUUGGCGAUCGAAUGGGGUCCGAUAGCAGAAGUUGGAAUGGCGUCCAAGAUCCUGGCACGAACGAACAAAGUCUCCAUCGCAUCCUGUCGGGCCCAGUCCAUUCACGCCAGUUGGGAUCGGCUGGAAACUCUCCUCUUGGCUCAAGACGAUCUUCCGUCGCCGAUCGUGACCGUUGCCAUCCUUGAAGCCUUCGAGCCGGAACCGGAGCCGGAGCACGUGGAACCGAAGGAGGAAAACCUGCUGGAGCGAGUGGCCAAGGUCCUGGACAUGCCGCUCGAGACCCUCGACCCCAACCGGUCCCUGGCCGAGAUGGGACUGGACUCCAUGGCCAGCGUGCACAUCGAGCAGAUGUUCAAGCCGAUGCAUCUGAGUCUGGAGGAGAUCGCGCAGCUCACUCUCAGGAAAGUGCAGGCUCUCAUCUCCUCUUCUGCUUAAUUGGUGGCAGUGUUCAAUGUGUUUUAAAGGAUUCUCGUUGAAUUUGUGUUUUCGGAAUAUGAAGCAAAUAAAUCCGAGGUAACACAGGUGGCCACGAUGAUAUAUUUAUGGUGAUUCUUGAAUUUGAAGAAGGUUAAAGAUUGGAUUGAACUUUUUGAAUUAGUUACAGUGUAUUUUGAAUUCAUGGGAGUGUUUUAUUAUAUAUUUUUUUUAAUUCCCAAGACUGCAGCGAAGGCACAGCUCGGCUCAUAGAAUACCAUCACGUAAUAAAGGAUUGUAUGGUACGUG